AUGAAGUUCUCGACAUGUUCCGUGAACAGAAAACUGCUGCCGCUGAAGGCCCACUACUUUCUCUUCCUCGGUGCUCAAGCCGCCGUUAUUCCCUACUUCGCCGCUGUUGGUCGUCAGAACGGCAUCCCUGAGACAACCGUUGCCUACACAUUUGGCUUCGUUCCCCUGGCCGCCAUCGCCUGCAAGUCAUUGUGCGGUUACAUCGUUGACAGAACGCAAAAUGUCACCGUGGUCUUGCUCACGCUUCAAGCUCUCUUAUUAGUGUCGGACGGAGUGGUAUUUUUUAGCGGAAGUAUUCACACCAACACAGUACGGUCGGAAGGCAUUCUGCAAUGUUCGGAAGAAAACGUAACGCUCCUGGAUCCCUUUACAACUUGUUCACUCCCACCACCACCGGAGUGCAAACGUCUUUGUCGCGAAAGCAAGGAGAACGGCUCUACUUCUAAACUCCGUGCCAAUCUCAGCAUAGGGAACGUGUCCGAUGUCUGCAGUGUCCUGAGCUACUGGAACCACUCAGUCAGCAGCGAUGAUGACAACUGCGAGUUGACUUGUGCUUGUUACGAGAGCUCCACGAACAAGUCGAACCUGUGGUUAUACACGGUGUUUUUAGCUUUGGCGUGGAUGACCGGAGCAAGCGUGUUUGUAAUUUCUGACGCUGCCGUCUGCGACGCGUUGGGAGACAACGCGAGCGCCUUUGGACGUCAACGUCUCUGGGGAACCAUCAGCUGGGGCAUUUGUUGCCCCAUUGUCGGGAUCAUCAUCGACGCAGCCAACAGGGCAACGGAGGGUCGUUCCGGCUUCACCCCCUCCUUCUACGUGUUCGCCGUUCUUUUAAUGAUGGAUAUGGUCCUUUUGUACCGGAUGCCGAGGCUGAGGAUGUGCAAGCAAUCGCCCACUUUCUUCAGGGAUGUGGCGACGGUCUUCAAGGGUGCAGAGAUGCCAGUCUUCACUUUCUGGACCUGCGCGUUCGGUGUGUUUUUCGGCAUCUUCGUGGCGUACAACACGUGGUUCUUGGAGGACGUCGGAGCGUCCAAGUUGAAUGUCGGACUCACUUAUGCAGUCAUGACUCUUCUCGUGGAACUCCCCCUUCUUUUCGUUUCGAAAGGCAUUCUCGAAAGGAUAGGGUACUUCCCGUCGUAUUCGCUUGCAUUUGCGGCAUAUACCUUCAAAUACCUCGGGUAUUCCUUCCUUCAGAAUCCAUGGUACGCUUUAGUGAUCGAGCUUGUCGGGGGAGCGGCCUUUCCACUGGCAUUUGCCGCCAUGACAGUCUUCGCCAAGGAAGCGGCUCCUCAGGGUACAGCAGCAUCUGUGCUCUGCGUACUUAACGCCGGCGUUGAAGGUGUCGGCACGGUUUUGGGCAACGUUCUCGGCGGUGUAAGCUUCGGCAAAAACGGAGGCCGCCUCACAUUUCGCUAUAUCGGAUUUGCGAGCUUUGCGUGCGCUGUGCUGUGCACCCUGUCUCACGUCGUCAUCAGGAGAAGAAGGCCAAAGACUUCAAUUGUUCCUCAAGAGAUGGGAAAAGCAACCACGGCGUUUGCUGCUGGGCUGUCUGGACACAUGGAUGGGCCUUCGAGAACCGCUGGUGUUGAACACAUCCCUCUCUGA